AUGGCUGCAACUUUGGCUGCAAAUGUGCCUUUACUAGGUGAUGCCAUAACUGAUGAGGAGAAAGUUAUAGCCUCAGAUUCUUCAAGCAAAAAUGAAGUAUCUUUUUUUCGUUCAUGUCUUAAUUUACUCAAUGCAGUUGCAGGUAUUGGAAUACUAUCAAUUCCAUAUGCUUUAGCUUCAGGAGGGUGGCUAAGUUUACCAUUUUUAUUUUCUAUUGCUGCAAUAGCAUUUUACACUGGUUUAUUAAUGAAAAGAUGUAUGGAAAAACAUUCCAACAUAAGAACAUUUCCUGAUAUGGGUGAACUUGCAUUUGGAAAAACCGGAAAAUUAAUAGUAGCAAUAUCAAUGUAUACUGAGCACUAUUUACUUACAAUAGGUUUCUUGAUACUUGAAGGAGACAAUUUGAGUCACUUAUUUCCCAUUGAAGAGUUUCAAGUGGCUGGUAUAUCAAUUGAUGCAAAGCAAUUCUUUGUGAUAUUGGUUGCCCUAAUUGUUUUGCCAACGAUUUGUUUGGAUAAUCUGAGUUUGAUUUCUUAUGUAUCUGCUAGUGGUAUUUUUGCUACUACAAUUAUCAUUUUGUCAAUAUCAUGGUCUGCAACAUUUGAUGGAGUUGGUGUUAAACAAAAGGGUGAUUUAGUCAAUUGGAAUGGUAUUUCUACCGCGGUUAGCCUGUAUACCGUUUGCUAUAGUGCACAUCCUGUUUUUCCAAUUAUCUACAAUUCCAUGAAGAAGAAACAUCAAUUCUCUUAUGUCCUAAUUGUAUGCUUUAUGUUAGCAACGACUGCUUUUGCAUUAUUCGCUAUAAUUGGUUACAUAAUGUUUGGUUCAAAAGUUGAAUCACAAGUAACAUUAAAUUUACCACUGGACAAAUUAAGUUCAAGAAUAGCAAUUUACACAACUUUGGUGACUCCAAUAACUAAGUUUGCUAUAGUUGCAAUGCCAAUUACAGAUGCUUUAAAAAAAUUACUUCCAAAGAAAUUCAAGAAUAAUAGAAUGACCAACAUCUUUUUGAGUACUGUUCUUCUAACUAGUAGUGUUUUUGUCACAUUGGCUCUUCCAUUUUUUGGAUCUCUCAUGUCAUUGGUUGGUGCAUUUCUAACAGUCACGGCUUCUAUUCUCCUUCCUUGCUUGUGUUACUUGAAGAUUUCAGGCAUUUACAGGAAAUUUGAGUUUGAGACAAUUGUAAUAGUAGUAAUAAUAUUAGUAGCUAUAGUAAUGGGAAUAUCUGGAACAUACACUUCAGUUGUUGAACUAGUACAAGAAUCUUCUAACAAAUAG